AUGCUGAACUCAGUGGUGAACGUCUGGGUGGAGUAUCGAGCUGGUAGGUCAUGGCCACGAGACCCUGUCACUGGUCAGGUCAAAGACCCCAUAAUCCUGCCCGAUCUAGGCUUCCAAUUACUCCCUUAUAUUCCCAACGACAUCUUCGGCUUCAGUCUAGCAGAUGUGUCUAUGAACAUUGUGAUGGGCAUCGCAGUGGUCCGAGCAUUCGCAGGGUCCAAGCCGGGACAUCCCUUCAUCGUGCUAAAGCGAGUGCUCCUCUUGAGCUCAGCCUCCUACCUAGGCCGGGCCAUCUCUGUGCCCAUCACCAUGCUACCUAGUCCAGACAUGCGAUGCGUACCCCACCUCGUUGAGGGCAGCAUGUUCUGGUCAGUAAUGUUGAUGCCGUUCGGUUUGUCCCACACUUGCGCUGAUGUUUUCUAUUCUGGUCAUUCGAUACCUAUCACAUUGAGUAUGAUGUUCUGGGUAGACUAUACUGCCUCAGUGCAGGAGCGGAUCUUCGGCUUUCUGCUCAGUCUCGUGGCCCUGUUGAUAAUUGUAUGUACACAUUUCCAUUAUACUCUCGACGUUCUCUACGGUGUUGGGCUCACUGUAAUUCUAUGGCGUCUUUACCACUUCGGCCUCACAGUGCCGGCAGUUGUCCUUAACUCGAGUUUUUAUAUGUUUUGGGAGAUGGAUUCCUUUAUAGAAGACAGGGACGGCCGAGGCACUUCAGAGUCCAGUGUCACCAGUAUGUCAAUCCAGUUGACCAACGAUUCGCAGCAUGAUCCGUUGCUUAUUGACAUUGAGAAGGACCAUAGACCAAUGCAUCUCCAGCUCGCAUCCCCUGCUGGAAUAGUGCCUUGGAGUCUCUAUGAUGAGCCCCGUAUUGUGUGGGGUAGGGUGAUCUGCAGCGAUGAUGCUGAUGACCGAGGGCAGCAACAACAUCACGUUCAUGGCUAUAAGCCAUUGUGA